AUGUCAUCCUUUGGAAAGUGUCACAAUGAGACGCACACGCUGUGCUGCCGCUGUGGCUCCAAGGCCUGUCACCUUCAGACGUCAACUUGUGGGAAAUGUGGCUACUCUUCCAAGUGCAGGAGAAAGUAUAACUGGAGUGCCAAGGCUAAGAGACGAAACACUGCCGGGACGGGUCAGAUGGGGCACCUAAGGACUGCCUACCCCAGAGUCAGACGUGGACUCCGUGAAGGACCAACGCCUAAACCCAAGAGGGCAGCUGUGGCAGCACCCAAUUCAUCGUGA